GUUUGCGUCCAUCAUAACCCACUGUUCCUUGUCUGGCACAUUUUUGGUACCAUUUAACGGGCAGCAUAUGACCACAUCUAUACUAUUGCAGCUCCCGAUACCAGAGAGCUCUCCCUGGUAGCAGCACACUCUUUUUAGCUGAGAGUUCACCAUGCAGAGAGGCCAGACAGGGCGACCUGAGCCGCUUGCGGGCCACCCUCGCUAUGAGAAGAUCAGGGACCUUAACAGCGGCACGUUCGGCUUCGUCCAGCUAGCACGAGACAAGUUCACAGGAGAGACGUGGGCCGUUAAGUUCAUUGAGCGAGGGGAUAAGAUUACGAAGUAUGUCGAGCGCGAAAUCAUCAACCACCGGUGUCUUGUUCAUCCACACAUUGUACAGUUCCCGCGAGGUCUUCCUCACCCCCACCCACCUUUGUAUUGUCAUGGAGUACGCUCCGGGUGGCGACAUGUUCGAGUACGUAGUUAAAAAGAACGGCUUGAGAGAGGACGAGGCGCGCUGGUUCUUCCAACAGCUAAUCGUGGGGCUGGACUACUGCCACCGCAUGGGCGUUGUGAACCGGGACAUCAAGCUAGAGAACACGCUGCUGGACUCCAGCCCGCGGCCGCUGGUCAAAAUCUGCGACUUUGGGUAUUCCAAGCACGAAAAGUUCCAGUCGGCCCGGGGUCACGCGUGGGCACGCCGGCGUAUCUGGCCCCCGAGGUCAUUCUGACCACCAAGGGCAAGACCUAUGACGGCAAGAUCGCUGACAUCUGGAGCUGCGGGGUGAUGCUGUACGUGAUGCUGGUGGGCGCCUACCCCUUCGAGCGGCCCGAGGACAAGCACGACAACCAGAAGCUGCAGAAGAUGAUCCAGCGCAUCCUGCACGUGGACUACCACAUCCCGCCCCACGUGCGCGCCUCGGACGACUGCAAGGACCUGCUGUCCAAGAUCUUGGUAGCGGACCCGCACAAGCGCAUCACGGUGGACGGCAUCUACAGCCACCGCUGGUACCUCAAGGGGCUGCCGCCCGGGGUGCGCGAGAUGAACGACCGGGUGCAGCCGCCGCCGGAGGGACUGCAGAGCGUGGACGACAUCAAGCGGUUGGUGGAGGAGGCGCGCCGGGUGGGUGCGGGUGCGCCGGGCUUCGUCAACCCGGAGACCGACGAGUACAUCGACGACGCCAUGGGCGACAUGUACGACGAGGGGAGCCUGGACUACAACGAUUGAUUGGGGGUGCAGCGGGCACUGCGGGCCGGGCGGCAGGCUGGGCUCGCGGCCUGGCUGGCCUGCUGGCUGCGUGUCGCGCGGCAUGGAGAGCAGUUGAUGAGGGGCUGGGAGGGAGGCGGCCUCGGAGCUGCCUGGAGUGGUGUUUGGAGGAGGAGGGUAGCGGGUAGCAGUUUGGGGAUUCUUGAGCCACGUCGUAACACGUAUGGUUUGCUGCAGUGUACGUGCGUGCUUGUUGCUAUAUGUGGCGUACAGUAAGGAGUGGACGGAGGCAAGUGGACAAGCGGCUUCUGACAGGUUUGUGUAAGCCCCACCGCUUACCCCUGUGCAUGGCAUUUCCCUCAGCGCGAGACUAGCCAACGCGCGAGAACCCUGGCAUUGAGUGGGAGGCUUGUUAGGAGGUUGUGCGCGCAUGUUCCGGGGUGGAGUUGAGCUGAUUCUGGUAAAUAGACCACUGAAGAGGUAUUUUAGCGCGUUGGGAGACGGGUUUGGCACGUUUGUUGAUGCACGCCGAUCGGCCGUAGAGGGGAAAAUGCGGUGUGCAUGCCGACUGUUGGGUUUGGAGCAUACAAAAUGAGGCGGCUGUUGCGUCUGGUUGCUUAUCAUGAAGAUAUCGCGAGGGUUGCAGGGCCGCGGUUUGCUUGCUUGGCAUGCGAGUCGUGGGCUGGGCCUGUCAGAACGAAGAUUCAUUUGGUAGGAUGGCACAUGUUGCCUGACGCAUACUCAUAUUCCUUUUCAACCAGGACAGCAAUCACAGCCGCGUGUUCGGCUUGCCCUUGCGGGAUGGGUGCGGCCCGAAAGCUUGCGGUGUUUCCGGCCGCCCCUUCCUCACGUGGCUGCAAAGGAUGGGUAGGAUACAUGGUCGGUGCACCAGUUUACUAGCGUUGCAAUAGGCGCCGUUUGCUUUACCGGUAUUCUUUUCUUCAUCAUUUCCCAGCGUUUCCCAGCUUUGGCGGGCUAGUAUGUGUAGGAUUUGUAUGGCGGCACUAUUGCAGCGUUGCGCGGGUGUGGACCACGUGUGUGUGUUUCGUUGGAGUGGGCGGAGGUCGUUGGACUGUAACUGCCGUGUAAGGAACUGCACCGUGUCUUGGUCUGCUGGGCACGUGGGCAGUGGGCUGUGAGCUGUGG